CAUCGUUUGACAGUUGAAGGGUUUUCGAGUUGUCAUAUUUUUGUUUACCUCUUGCUCUGUGUUUUUCCUUCAAUUUUACCCUAAAAAAUGGCAAAUUUAGAGACUUCAGUUGUGUGGAAACACUUUGUGAGAGACUCUCGUGAGACGGCUACGUGCAAGUUGUGCAAGAAAGAGUUAAAAUGCAAAGGAUCUUCCACAACAGGACUUCGACGGCAUCUCUUGAGUAUUCACAAUUUCAACCAUAAAAGUAUGAAGAUUGAGCCGGGUUCGGAAAGCCCAUCAAAUGUCGAGGAAAAUAAGAAACUUGUUGCUUCAACAACAAAUAUAUUAAAUAAUAAAAUUGCUCGUGAACGAGUGAUUUCUACCGAGUCAUUCAACUUUUCAAUACAAGAACAAUAUCCACUCGAUACUCUACAAUCGCCAGACAAAGAAGAUAAAAGUAAACGAGAUGUUUUAGUAAAACUUAUUGAUACGCAUAAGGAAAAGGAUGAAGACGCUUUGUUCUUUGAAAGUUUUCUACCCACAAUUAGACGUUUGACUCUUCAAGAAAAAAUGCAAUUUAAGAUGGAAUUUCAGCAUCUUCUCUACAAGUAUAUAUUCAAAGAGGAGCAUGAUAUAAUGUAAAAGUGUAUUACAGUGUAAGCUAAACUAUCAAUAUAUAAUGUGAAAUAGAGUAUCAUGCAAAUUC